AUGUAUUUACAGAUUAAUCCACAGCACCACACUGUGGAUUUUGCCCUCUUUAUUCAAAAUACAGCGGGCUCGGGAAGAGCAGCGAGCCUGGACCCCGCGCGGAGGGCCCCAGGCCUCAGGCUCCCGCCCGGCCUCAGCUUCAAGAAGAGGGCCUCGCGCGCCCACCCGCCUCCCGUCGCCCGGAAGGAGCCGCACUCACCGAGGAGCAAGCCCAGCAAACACCGACAUAGCACGGCUGCCAGCGGCCCCCGCCAGCCCAGGAGCAGCGCUUCGGAGGGGAGAGCAGCCCGGCGCACUGGGCCCAGCGCUGCCGGCGCCCCCCACCCACCAGCACCCACGCUGACGCGCAGUGACGUCACCGCGCCCGGCCGGGGCCCUGCGUCCCCGCCGCGCGAGGGCGCCCGGGAGUCUGCGGCCAGGGGACGCGGGGAGAAGGGGGACGGUUCCCAUCAGACGGGGACUUGGCGAACCGAGGCGAAGAGUUUGACCCUUGGACAACCCUGCGGAAACGCCCCUGCGCGGAUGGUUUCGCUCUUCUCCCCCGGCGCCACCUCCGCGCUGCAGUCCAGCCCCGGGCAGAAUUCCUGCGGUGUGACCGCGCGCUGUGGACGACUGCGGCUGCGGAUGCAGUCCGCCUGGUGGCAUUUUCCCUUCAAUUAAGUAAAGAGUUGUAACAGUUUUUAAACAAUUGUAACCCUUUUUCCUUAAGAGUGCAGCUGCUUAACAACAUUCAGUUGGCGUGGAAAUGAAAACGAAGUGUUGGAAAGUAGAACAGCAUCAAAAGAUUAAUUUUUGAAGGCUUGAUUUUAUAAUCUUUUGGACAAAUCUGUUUUAUAAUCACCAAAGAAUCUCGUACUUUUAAACUUUUGUUAGUUUUUAAACUUCCUUUUGUGUUCUGGAGACAUAGGCACUAACAAAAAAGUGUCCUUACUUCAAAAGUUCGUCGCUGGCAACGUGAAUGGUAUUUCAAGCCAGGUUUCACUCCCAGUUUUUUCUGAAUGUGACUAAAAUGGAAUGUAUACACUCAUAUGUGUGCAUAUGUGUAAAAUCGUACUUGAACCACAAAGGAUCCCAAUUAUCAAUGAAAUUUUUAAAUGGUUUAACUGUUACUAAAAAUCUUGGUUUUACUGGGCUUGGACGUUGUCUCAACCUUCUCCAAUAGUUCUGUGAACAUGAUAAUACGCAGUAAAUGUUACAUUGCAGCGAACAAAUUUUUUAAUUCAUGUUCUGUUGAAGAUACUCUUUGUCAAUGAAAUCGGAUGCUUUCUUUUCUCAGGGGAACUCCAGGGGGGCAAACUUUUUUAAAAACUUCCAAAAAACAAGCCACUUAAUUAGGCAGCCAGGGGAAUUCCAAGACCCUGAACCAUUUCCCAUUUCCUGUCCCUGUCAUUUCUGCCUGCCAGUCAGUCACAGAACAGGAGGUCUUCUGUUCCAAGUUAAUAGUAAAAAAAAAGUAUUUGUAACAGUCUGUGUGAUACAGAGAAAAAUGCCAUGACUCCCAGUGACUAAAAACUUCCAAAUAUGCACAUGACUUUUGGUAGUCGUUCAGUAUUUAGUUGAAGCCACUGUUUCUCGGAAAGUUACAGAACGUUCCUUAUAUAUGUGGGAAAAUAUAAAUAGCAAGAAUUGUUCAUUUUGAAGUCAAGAUUCUCUUUUUCAGUUAUGUCCAACCAAAAAAGUAAGAUAAUGAAUAUACUUCAGUAUAAGGAAAAUUGUGGAUUUCAAAAACUCAAAAGCCUAUUUUCCCCCGGAAGUAUGUAAUAAUAUUCAGGUAUAAUAAAUACUACUGUAUUACUUUAAAUGUUUAUGACUUUGUGGUAUAGUAUUAAAUGUAUUCAGUUA